AUGUCAGAUUAAAAGAAAACAAAAAAACCUAAUUUAUCAUCAGUCAGUUUAACUGAAAAGCCAUCAAUAAUGAAAUAAUAGAAAUCUCCUAAACACUAUAAAAUGUCUUUUGAUCCUGAAAAGUAUGUUGAAAGGGAAGAUUAUUUGAAGAUGGAAAAGAAAUAUAAUGAAUUAGUAUAAAGAGUUCAAGCAUUAUUUUUGGAGAUCAACAAUAGAUAUUAUGUAAGUAUUUAAGUAUUAAACAGGAUUUUAAUGACAUUAAUGAAAAAUUAAAUAGAAAAUCAAAUGAAUUUGGAUAUACUAGAUUAGAUCCUUAUCGAUUGAUUGAUUUAAUUAAAGAGAUGCUUGCUACUUAUAUUAAGUAUCUUAAAUGAUUGCUAAUUAUGAUAGGGGUAUUAUUUAGACAGAGGAAGAAGUUCAAUCAUAUAAGUUAUGCAAUGAUGAUGAAUAAUAAGAUUAUAUUUGGUUAUUACAUAAAAGUGAAAUGGACAUGAGAAAAAUGAUAAGAGAAAAUUAGUAAUUGAAAUUAUUGAUAUAAAAUUUGGAAAUCAAAAUUAGUAAUAAUGAGAAAUAAAUUGAAUUACUUACUACAUAUACAUAAAAAGCUAUGGAAGAAAUGAAAAGUGAAUUUACAUUUGCAAUAGAUUUACUUUCAGAAAGAGAGAGUAGUCUUAAUAUUCUUAAAGAUGAAAUCAAGAGAUAGACUGAACUAAUUACUUCAUAAAAAUAACAAUUAAUUUCUGUAUAAGUUUUAGAACAUAAAAUGGGUCAUUUAGCUGAAAAAUAAAAUAAGGAGAAAUAAAAAAUUAAAUAAGAAUAUGAUCAUACUGUUAAAUAGAAAGAAUAAUAUCUUAAAUAAUCAUUUUAAUUGGAUUAAAGAGCAAAGGAAAAAAUAAUAUAAGAAUUAGAAUAAGAAGUAAAAUAGUUGUAAAUUGAAAAAAACAUAAUAGAGAGAGAUUUAGCAUAAAAGAUUGAGUUUUCAUAAAAGAAGAUAGACAAUCAAAAUAAUUAAUUGGCAGAAAAGAUAUCUUAGAUAUCUAAUCUUUAAAAGAAGAUUAUCGAUAUUCAUCAUAGCAAUUAUUUAUAAGAUAAAGCUAAUCAUUAAUCUACUAAACAUGAACCUUGA